AGUCUUCACACGAUUCGUGAUAAAAUAACACGAGAUCGUUUACUAAUGACUGAAAACGUUAAUAUCAUUCUUAGUACUGAUAAACCACUUAUUGUUGCAUGUGUUUAUUGUGAAGUGCAUCUAAUUGUAAAUGUUAUUGAUGUUAUUUAUUUUAACCAUAAUUCGCCUCUAUUACAAAGUGUAAUAAGUGACACUCCUGAUUUAUGUCAUUUGUUAUUAAAACAACCAUAGUGAUACAUGUUGUGAUGUUCCAAAAAUAGUCUAUUCAUAUCGUGGAAUUAUUAUGGCAACUUUACCGAGAGUGCAUAGUUCGAAGCAGGGAACUUAUAAUGUAUCCUCUCCAUUUAGUACAAGUCCUAGAAAACUGCAGGAAAUGGCGUUACCAACACCUGACGGCCACGACGUUACGAACGCUAGCGGCAUAAGUAUGAAGCAAUACGAAGAGCAGUUAAAUGGGCUACGCAAAGAAAAUUUUCAUUUGAAACUACGAAUUUAUUUCUUAGAAGAAAAAUUAGGCAGUGGAUCACCCCCUGCUGUUCAAGGUUUAUUGGAACAUAAUGUAAGAUUACAAGUAGAAGUAGAAGAACUACGCAGACAACUCACCGAUAAACAAGAAUUACUUGCUGCAGCCGCUGAAGCUAUAGACGUAUUGGAACAACAGGGUUCAAUGUCAACUGAUAGCGUAGAUUUAUCUCUGAGUAAUAAUGUUCAAACUAAAAAUGAAAAUAAUCAUCAUCAGGAAUCCGAAGAAAAAAAGAUCAUUGACGAUACUUGUGUAGAAUCUGAAUCGGCAGGAGAUUAUCUUGGAGUUACUGUGAAUAAUGAAGAAUUGGACGAACUUCUAAAACUAAGAAAGGAAAAUCGCAAGGCUUUGCAGAUGAUCAAAGGAUGUAUGAAAAAAAUACAACAACAAGACAAAGAAAUAAAGAAAUUGAAAUUGAAUAAAGAAUUAGCUUAUGCGCAUGUAAGCGAUUCUCAAAUGGAAAAAUAUGAAGAGAUUCUAAAAUGUAAAGACGAACACAUCAAAGAUCUGGAAAACAAAAUAAGAGAGUUGCAGAAAAAUGUAGAAAGUAUUCAAAACGAGGAUGCUACUGGAAACUUACAGCAACUGUUGACUCGGCGCUUGCAAGGAUUAGCAUACUUUUUAGAUAAACUUCUUUCGCAUAAGUGUGUAUUAGGAGAAGAUAAAAAGAAAUUGGCAGAAAGUAUCUUAGAACAAAGUUUAGCUUUACCCGUAGGACUCAAACUAGACGAGUCAGUGGCACCCGGAGAUUUAACAAUGGAUGAAAGUAAUAUGGAUAUUUCACAGUCAUUGAGGAUUGAGGACUUAACAAUGAUGUUUGGACAUCAUGUGACUUGCAGCGACGAAAAUAAUAGGCGGUUUAGUACGAAACCUUUACAUCCUAAAUUUUUUCCGCAAGCCGAUGUCAUGUCAGAAUCUGAAUGUUGGUCAGAACCAGAUAGAAACGUGUCGCUUGCUCGAGUUGGUCUUUGUGACACUGGUGUGGCAGCAAGAGAAUCUACUUUUGAAAUCAAUAAGUACCGCAACAGACGGUCCCGUGUUUCAUAUGGCUCACGUUCUGAAGAUAAUAAAAAUAUUAAUGAAACAGCAUUUUUCGAAGAAAUCAGUCAGCUUACGAAACAAAAUGAUUUACUUACAGAAGAGAAUCAUGACUUAAACAGUAAAUUAGAUUUUGCACAAAAACAAAUAGACAAUCUUCUUUUAGAGAAAAAUGAAUUAAAAUCUAUUUUAUCAUCUGAACAUAAGAACAUUGAAGAAGCCAACAAAUCCAUAGACACGAUGAAAAAUACCAUUCAAUCAAUGGAGUCUAGAAUACGAGAUAUUGAAGGACAGUUCACAGAAGCUGUACAAACAAUAGGAAAACUACGUUCAGAGAGACAAGAAUUAGAAGCUUCUCAUUUAGAAAUUGAACGUUCAUUAAGGCGUGCUGCUGAUGAAGCUACCGUACAAGCAUCUCAGGCUGCUUUAGAGAGAGCUCGAGCUCAACAUGAUAGAUUAAGAGUUGAAAAAGAAUUGGAAGAGACACGUGAAAAAUUGGCUAAUACACAGGAAGUAAAUGCUCAAUUACAAAUUGAAGUCACUCGCCGGAUUGCUGCAGAUGCCGACGUAAAAGUUGCUCUAGUGAAUGUUGAUCAACCAUUUGAAAGAGAUCGCCCUACAUCUCCAGAUCAAGGGAUUGACAGCGACAGACUAUCAAGUCUAGAACAAAAUGAUACAGUGUCUUUAUCACCUCGUUCUCUUUAUGAAGAAAAUAUGACUCUAAAACAAAAACUAGCUAGAACGAAAGCAACAUUAGCUGAAACUUUGGCUCAAUUAAAUGCAGCCAAUAUGAGAAAAAGAAGUGUUCAGCGAGCAAUUUGUCGUGAAAUUCAUAAAACUCAGGGAGUACUACGUAAAGCACGAGAUCAACUUGAAAAUCAAAACCAAUGAAGACAAAAUAUGUAGAAUUUAACUGGUCUUCGUAUUACAUGUAAGAUAGAAGGAAGAACGACAAUUAUAAAUGGAAUGUUCAACUGUGUAGAACAAACAUAGGAACUGAAUACAGACACUUCCUGAAAUGUCCACUCACAUAAAAUUAAGCUUAGUUGUUUAAUAUUUUGUAUUACGUUAGAUAACAUAGGUUUUCUAUUCAGGGCAGAUGUACCUAUUAAGCUGCUCCAGGAAAAAUAAUAUUCGCCGUCCUUUACACUAAUAAGUAGCCACUAUUAAACAUUUAAGUCAUGAAGCUUUCUAUUCUUAAGAUGGGAAUGGAAUGUUUAGUGAUAUUACUGGAAUAACGUUAUAUUCUAAUAUGAUCUACUGGGGUUUCUGAACAAUUUUACUAACUCGAUAAAUAUUUUUUUUCUGGCUAGGAAAUUUUAGAAAUCUUUCUUAGAAUGGUAAUUAAAAAUUCCAUCUCACUUUCCUGUACCCUUAGUUUUGCAGGCAAAUUGCCCCUUGUUUUUGACGCUCUGAACAUUUGUCCGGCUUACUUCCCCUUAGAUCGGGCCCAGGUUGUACCACAAUAAUGUUUUGAAUAAAUGGCACACGAUAGACUUGAAAUUGAUUGUAGGAAAAAUUUAAACUGAACAUCCCAACAUGCCCGCGACUAAUGAUUAGGAAACGCUGCACUAUAAUUUAAUAAAUCUUAAUUGUUAUUAUUGGUCUAGUAAACUACCUUAUUUUGUUCUGUUGUUUGAAUACCUUCUUUAUUAUAAAAAAAAAUGUACAGUUUUUUAGUUAGAUAUAAUGACAUAUGAUAAUCUGUCUAUAUUUGCCAAAAUAUAUAAUUAUGUG